AAUCUCAACACAACAAACAACAUCCUCAUCGUCAUCAAUCAAACAACCAAACCCUCAACAAUGGCUACCAGUCUGGUCCGUCGAUCUCUUUCUAGGGUUCACUCUUCACCCGCAACAAAACUCUUCAUCUCCCGAUCACACGCAUCGGAGCCCCAAACCACCCAAUCCACACCAGUAGCCCAAACAACACCUUCUCUCAAAACAUUUCAAAUCUACAGAUGGAACCCCGACAGCCCGACCAAACCGGAGCUCAAAUCCUACGAAAUCAACCUCAACGAGUGCGGUCCAAUGGUCCUAGACGCACUUAUCAAAAUCAAAAACGAGGUUGACCCAACCUUAACGUUCCGCAGGUCCUGUCGUGAGGGGAUCUGCGGGUCGUGUGCAAUGAACAUUGACGGGUGUAACGGGCUCGCUUGUUUGACGAAGAUACCGGCGAAUAAUGACACAAUGAUUACGCCUUUGCCACAUAUGUUUGUGAUUAAGGAUUUGGUUGUGGAUAUGACGAAUUUUUAUAACCAGUAUAAGAGUAUUGAGCCGUGGUUGAAGCGGAAGAGUCCUGCAACGGAUGGGAAGGAGGUUUUGCAGAGUAAGAAGGAUCGGGCGAAGCUGGAUGGGAUGUAUGAGUGUAUUUUGUGUUCUUGUUGUAGUACUUCUUGCCCCAGUUAUUGGUGGAACCCUGAGAGUUAUCUUGGCCCUGCUGCGCUUCUUCAUGCGAAUCGGUGGAUCAUGGACAGUCGUGAUGAAUAUACAAAAGAGCGUCUAGAUGCUGUAAAUGAUGAAUUCAAGUUGUAUCGCUGCCAUACAAUCUUGAAUUGUGCUCGUGCCUGCCCUAAGGGGCUGAACCCCGGGAAGCAAAUCCAGAACAUCAAGAGCCUUCAGGCAUAAGUGUUCUCUUUUUUUAUUUUAUUUUGGUUUAAUUUUACAGGGAAAUGAUGAGUGUCAUCCCUAUUUCAUUCUGGGAUUAUGUUAGAACAUCUUUAUAAGCUAAAUAAUUGGUAAACAUGGUUGUAUCAUUGCCAAUACUUGUGUUAUUAUGAUCAGAAACCUUGAAUAACGUCAUUUGUUAUAUUUUGUUGUGA